GUACUAUGAUUGCAAGGCGGCGGUGAAAAAGAAGAUGUUGUCGCAGUCCACUGUGGGAUUCAGUGAGUGGCAGACUUGGCUCAAAGACGGGCUCCUUUCAGAGGCUGUCCCCGGACUUGGUGCUGUGGAUACGGAAGAGCCAGCAGUGCAGCAGCGAGCUG